GGCCUAAGUAAAAAUGUCGUCAGGUGAGGGUGGUACUGAAUCAGAAUAUGUAGAAAGUAUUGAGUUUGUGAAUCCUGUCCCUCCAGAGCUAGAGAUAUACUGCUCUAUAUGUUUGGAUGUACUCAACGAGCCUCAUCUCACCCAAUGCUGCGGACAUCACUUUUGUCUUUCCUGUCUAAACGCAGUGAAGAGAAAACCCUGCCCACUAUGUAAGGACCAGCACUUGAAAGCUGUCCUGAAUAAAGGUCUGAAGCGUACCAUCAAUGGCCUCAAGGUCUAUUGUAUGCAUAAGUCAAGAGGAUGCCCCUGGACUGGAGAAUUAAAGGAUUUAUCCGGUCACAUGCAAGCUGAUAAGAGAGAGGGAGAGUGCCCUUACGUUCUACUUAAAUGCAUCAAUGACUGUGGUGAGAUGAUUCAAAGACUCUCAUUGCAGAAUCAUGAAGAUGUUACAUGCCCGAAGCGUCCAUCGUCUAAUCCGCUGGAAAUAGCACGAAGGGUACAAGCCCUAGAAGCCGAAAAUGAAUCCUUGAAGGCAACAGUGACCCAAUUAAAGAGGGCAAAUAUGACCAAUGAACAGAUCAUAGCUCAACUGAAACUUGACUUAAAGUCCUGUACAGUAGACAUUGCAAUACUUAAACAACAAAUGCUUGCAAUGGCACAGGACGAUCUCCCCCGUCUAGUUACGCUUAACAAUCAAUUUACUACUCCAGUUGAAGAAUCAUUUCCUACGGGAGGGAAAAGACUCGUCCCGUACGACUUUGUAUUCGAUAAUUACGCACGACGCUGCUCAAACCCAGAGCUAUGGUUCUGCUCUCCAUUUUACACACACCCAAACGGAUACAAGAUGUGUGUGAGGAUAGCACCUCAAGGCCUUGGUAAUGGGGAAGGAACUCACGUGUCCGUCCACUCGUAUCUCAUGAAAGGUGAGCAUGACGACAUGCUGAUGUGGCCUUUUAGGGGAGCUAUAACGAUACAGCUCCUCAAUCAGUUAAAGGACGAAUGUCACCAUGAACAAAUGACCGAUUUUAACGAUCGUACGCCAGAGCAGUACUGCAGGAGAGUUACACAAGUUGACCGAGCUGGUCAAGGUUGGGGUAAGUCACUUUUCAUAGCGAAAUCGGAGCUUCAUCAUGACCCCAUCAGACAAGUUCAGUAUUUAAAGGAUGACUGUCUUAAAUUUAGAGUUGUUUCUGUUGCUUUGCGUAAUUGAAUUGUGUUACACAAUUCUUGAUAAAUUUUGAUAA